AUGCCGGGUGAGUUGGCAGAGGAUGAGAACAUGUAUGAUACAAACCGUGAUUAUGAGAUCAAUGUCCAUAACACCAUCCUGGAUACUGUGAUUGAGAGCAAUGGACAGCGUUUUGAAAAGAAUGGAAAGCUAUAUGCAGAUUCUGCCCUUCUCGACCCCCACAACUUCCCAGAAAUAAGAGAGAAAGGCCGCCCUGCAUCAGGACUAGACGAGCUGAGCAAAAAGCUGCGCAAAUAUGACAACAGAGCUACUACCGAGGCCUUGCAAACAGAGCUACAGAAUCUGGCUACCCACUGGGAUAAGUUGAAGUUGUCAGUGUUAGGAGUAUGUGGUCAUGUUGUUUGCGAGCAAAGUUUCUCAACUCUAAAAUUUAUAAAGAAUAGACUGAGGAGUACGGCAUCGCAGGAACUUUUAGAAGCCUUCAUGCUGAUGGCUACAGAUAAGGACGUUCUGAUGUCGUUGGACAUGGAUUGCAUCAUCGACAGGGCCCAGAUGGAGAUGGACUCUCUGGCAAUGGAACGUAAGCAGCUUCUCCAGCAGUGGAACAGCAGCCUGGUGGGCAUGAAGAAACGAGACGAGGCCUUCACUGCCAUGCAGGAGGCCCUGCGCUUGGCCCAACACCAGGUGCUCUCACUGGACAGGGAGAUUGAGAGCUAUGAACAGUCUAUCACCAAAGAGGAGGAGCAGAAUGAGAUUCUGACCAUGCAGCUGAACCGAAGCCAGGUGGAUGUAUCCUCUUCCAAGAGGCUGAUCAGUCAGAUCCAGAGCCAGCAGGAGGCCCUGCAGCCUCAAUACACCACCUACCUCAGCACUCUGCAGGAGAUGGAGCGCACCCUCGCUAGACUCAACACGGAAAAGAGUUUGUGCCAGGCAGAGUUGAGCAACCUGAGUAGGCAGUUGGAGAAAGAGAGCGCCUCAUCUCUUGAGCUGGAGGAUAGGAUCAUGGCCCAGAUGCAGCAGGAGUUCACCCAUGACAAGGCUGCCAAGUAUUCACAGCGCCUCAUCAACAAGAUGGCCUCUCUCAAAAAGGAGAAGAUCGGACAAUUGCAGCAGCUGGAGAACGAGCUGGCGAUGGUGAGGCUGGAGAGCAGCGAGGUCAGCCAAUGUCUGGAUGACUUGGUCCCUGCCCUGGAGGCCCUGGAGAAAGAUAUCACAGAGCGUAAUAAGCUGCUUACCACCUGCCAGGCUAAGAUCGCUAGCCAGGUCAUCAUCAUUGAGCGCAACCAGGCCACCAUCACCACCUACAAUAAGAAGAUCAAGCAAAUCCAGGAGAGCACAGGGCAUAUGGACCUGAGUCCUCUGCAAAUCCAUGCUGAGUCUAUGGCCAAGGAGCUGGAGGAGCUGGAGGUGGACAUCAAGAAGAAACAGCUGCUCUGGAUGAGGCAGCAGGGUGUUCUUGUUGGACUGACCAAGGAGAAACAGACCAACAGCGAGGAGAUGCACAAAUUGCAGGCACAGUACACCAUAUUUCAGCAGAGGAAUAUCUGCACGGAGAGGGAGAUGGAGGUGGAGCGGCGUGAGCAGGCGGACGUUGAGAGGCACAUGAAAAUGCUGCGAGGAGACAUGUUGAAGCUCAACUCCCUGCUGAGUCACAAUGACAAGCUGAAGCAGACUCUGCAGCAAGAGAAUACAUUGGUAGAGACAGACUUCCUCCACAGGCUUAAGGAGGCAGAGAGAGAGGCUAUAGAGGUGCAGAUGAGACUUGAGAAGACCCGGGAGGAGAAAAAGAGACUCCUCAAUAGUUUGGUGGAAGCUGAGCGUCAGGUUAUGCUGUGGGAGAAAAAGACUCAGCUGCUGAGAAAGACGUUUUCUGCUGUGAACUCUGAGGUGUUCCAGGGGGACAUCCGCCAGAUGAAGGCUGAGAUACACCGCAUGGAGUUGCAUCACAGCCAGCUGAUGAAGCAGCAGGAGCGUCUGCAGAGGGAAAGUGAGGCGACAGUGUCCAGGAUGGAGAACAUCUCCCUGCGCCGCGAGGCCCGGAGCAGCAAGAAACAAACUACUCAGAGCCACCUGAACCACAUCAUCCAGGGCCUUAGACACAACAUUAAGGACACACACAAGCAAGUGGCAGAGUGUGAGGAGGUAAUCAAGGGGCUGCAGGAGAGCCAGGUGAGUGUGAGCAGCCGUUUGGCUCUGAAGAAGCAGGAACUGACAGAGCAGCACAACACCACCUCUGUCCUGACCUCCGACCUCCUCAAACUUCAGGACAGUAAAGAUAUGAACCUGGCUCGUCUGCUGGCUCUACAGAACCGGGCCAAGCACCUGCAAACGUUGCGGGAGGGCCGCUACACUCCGCUGUCCAACAGGGAGGCUGUGGGCGCCGCUCUGCAGCGCCAGACCGAACGCAUGCAUGCUGUGAGUGCUAUCGUUCACCAGGUCUAUGAGGAGUUCCCCCAGCACCAAGGGGCGCUCUACAGACUGACACUGGCACUGGCUGCGCGCAUGCAAGCCCUGGACUAG